AUGUUGGAAACAGACGACGAUGAUUUUACUUUAACACCAAGCUCUACUCUAUCUGCAAUAUUUGAAGCAACUCCUGAAGAUAUAAGCCCUAGUUUAAGUUACAAGGCUCCAAAACAACCAAAGGCCCCUGAAAAUAGUGCUCCUAAGAAUUCCGAAGCUCAAUCUUCUGUUAUUCUAGCCAAAGUUAUCACCCUAUGGAAACUUAACAAUGGAAAGAAUAUUUCAAUGGGCAAAUAUAUGGUAGCCGUAAUAGGCAACUCAACAACAAACCUGUACGACAUCAUUGUCUAUCAAGACAAAACCAAAAUUCUCAUAAGAUUAACUCUAGGACCCUCCUUAUCAUUUUUCAAAUACCCAAACAAUUUUGUGGCAUUCUACGAUGCCAACAAGCAACUUUGGAAUAUUAAUUUUGAUGAUUUACAAGCCAAAAAUGAAUUUCUAGAUUGUGUUACAAAGUAUGAUUCCAUUGUAAUUGAACAAGUUGAAAAAACCACAAGCCCAAAAGAAAAAAUUCUUAGCAGAAUAUCAAAAAUGGGCCAACCAAUUUUGCCUGCUAAAACUGAGCAAAUUGCAUCAGAUUCAGAAUCUAGUUUGAGCAGUGAUCCUUUGCCUCCUAAACCUACAAGAAAAUUAAAGAGAAAUUUAGGCAAUCAGUUGGCACCAGUAUACAAUGAAAAUUAUCAACAUUUGAUGUCCAAUAACAAUCAAAUGAUGUUGAAUAAUCAAGGUUCAAUCUAUCCUGUCGCUCAUACAAUACCUGAUUACGGCCUCGGCAGUUUUAUGAUUGCCCAAAAUGCUGAACUAAAAACAAAUUUAGCUGAAAUCAACUCAAAACUGAACAGCGUUUUGGGUAAUGGGGAUAAAAAUGGAAACGAUUUAAAGUCCAAAAUCAAAUGUCAGAAUUUAAAAAUUGAUAAUUUAACAUCAGAUUUGAAUAAGUCUAGAAAAGCUUUUGAGGAUUUGCAUAGAAAAUAUGUGGAAUUAGAUGAUCAAAAGCAUAUGUAUGAAGCCCAAGUUGCAACUCUAAAGGAAAAGUUACUAAAAAUGGAAGCAUUUGAAAAUGAAGUUGAAGUUUUGAAACAACAAAUUCUGGAAAACAACAAAGUUGAAGAGUUGAAUUUGAAAAUUAUCAACUACCAAGAAACCAUCAAUAAGGCUGAAUUAGAAUUAAAAGAUAAAGACAAAAAAAUCGAAAUACAAAACCUAAAAUUAAAAGAUUUUGAAGAAUAUUAUAAAGAAACUGAGAAUGUUAAAAAAGAGAAUGUUGAUUUGAAGCAAAAGUUAGAAGAUCUGACAAGAAAACUUGAUAAAGACAAAUCAAAAAAUGAUAAUAGUUGGGUUCUUGAUAAAUAUAUCAUUAAUAAAUUGGUGAAAGAGGGUAUGAAUCAAGCAUAUGCAGAUAUUAUGGCCAAUUUUGAAGAAAACGACGAAGAGUAUUAUAGUUUUGGGGAGAUACAGAGUGUUCUUUUGGAAAAUUUGAAGAAAACUAGUUACACCUUGAUGAAUUCAUUGUCAGAAUAA